AUGACAACUAUAUUGGAUAUCCCGGGCAGCAACCCCCCAAAUGCCUUCUCCACGCCAAUCCAAGCCCUUCUAACCCUUAGCAAACACUCAUCAACGCCAGCGCCAGAUGAGACAGCCACCAACAUCGUCAACUCCGUGGCUUCCUCUUCAGACCCUGCGCACGCGCUCUGGGAACUCUGGGACGCCUUUUUUACGGCUGUCGCCACCUCUUCAACAUCGCACGAGCCUCUCCUCGCCCUCCUCGAUGCCCUCCAUGCGCAGCCGCCAACGCAGCUCAACGUACGCGCACGAUCCAAGGCAGAGCGACAGCUGAGCAGCUACAUCGGGGCCAAUGGAAAUAUACACUGGCAGACACUGCCACGGUUCAACGCGCAGUGGCGCGACGUGCAUGAUAUCCUCGAAGCCUGGCGCGACUGGGAUGGCGUGCGUGACUCGGGUGCGGGGGACAACUGGACUGUUAGUACGGUGGGUAGCAGCGGCGGAGAGUACUUUCUCCGCUUUUGCAUCUUCUCGGCUGCGCUGCUGAAAUCAACCAAAGGUAAAGACAUGAUGUAUCCUAUAUGGGUCUUCUAUGCGUGCCGCGACGUGCUGGAGCGUGAGGGGCCUCAGCCCUGUCCACCAAAAGCCCAUAGGAUGUCGUCGGAGCAGGUGUGGGCGCUGGAUGUCCGAGUAGCAGCGAUCUGGGUGCGGGAUGGGGGCCGGGCACUGUGGGAGGCGGACUAUGAGGGGCUGCGGCGGCACUGGGCGGCGGCCUUAGAUGAGAAGACGGAGUUGUGGCCGAGGGAGGAGGGGCUGACGCGGGAGCGGUGGCUAUUUUGGGGGGAUAGGCUACGGGCUUUAAGUAUGGAGGGAACCUUGGACAAGGAAACUGUGGCGGUGGUUAUAGAAGCUGCUGAAGUCGUUAGCGGCAUUUUAGUAGGAGACUCGAACUAG